UGGUCAAAACAUUUUCCUCAUACUGCAAUAUCUUAUCGUCUGCUGUUAUUCUUGAGCGGAAUGAUUAUUUCCCAUUUGAUAAUUGUGUUUUUUCAUCUCAGUACUUGUUGAUCUAUAAGAAGAAGUAAAAUAAAAUAAAAUAAAAUAAAAGCGGACUGUAAUUUAAGAAUUCCCUGAAUGUAUUAAAUUUUGUGAAAUUAAAGACAAAGGUACCAAUAUACUUUUUGAAUGACAUACAACUAAAGACUAGUUACCUGUUAAAAUAACGUUUGGCAAAUUACCUACAGUUUCAUCUUUCUGUGUCUGAAGAAUGGAGUUACUUUAAAUUUCUAUUUUACGUUAUUAAAAAUGGAUCGAUUUCAGUGGUGGGAAGAUAUUGCUCAUCCUGGGGAAAAUCUUCUUUUGAAUCAGGGUAGUGUAAAAUUGUAUGAUGGAAGCAAAAAGACACUUUUUGAAUCGGGUACUUUGACUCUAACUACCCACAGACUUCGAUGGAGAGAUGAUAUUAACCCAAAUACUGAUAUGAGUCUGAAUUUGUCACAGAUUGUUCUGAUAGAGAAAGAGAGUGCCACUUGGACUAAAAGUGCCAAAAUAAUUGCACAUUUGAGUGCUAUUUUGGAAGAAGAUAAAAAACCUGGCCCUGUAAAGUACAGCCCAUUCAAUUUUGUUAAAUUUUCCUUUCGAGGAGGAGGAGAUAAAGAGUUUUUCAAUUCUUUGUCUGAUGCAAUAGCUAAAAAAGCUUGGGAAGAUCCCUCUGCUUCAUAUCCCAAAGGAAAGCAGUAUCGUGCUGGUAUUGUGGGCAUUGAGAGACAGAUCCGGGACAGAAAUGAAGCUACUGGUGAAACUAUUUCAGAAGCUUUUGAAGAUCUCAAGAACCUGAUGAAAAUGGCUAAAGAAAUGGUAAAUCUUUCGAAAAGUGUUUCACAAAAAUUGAGAGAGAAGCAGAGUGAUAUUACUGAAGAUGAAACAAUUCAGUUCAAAUCUCAUUUGCUAAGUCUAGGUAUUAGUGAUCCUGUAACUAAAUCUGAGUAUGGUUCUGGUAGUGCAUUUCAUACUGAACUUGCAAAGCAGCUGUCUGAUGCUUUACUCAAACCAUUGCAAACUGCUGGAGGAAUAUUAUCAUUAACAGAGGUAUACUGCAGAGUGAAUCGGGCAAGAGGAGUAGAAUUAAUUUCUCCUGAAGAUUUAUUGAAUGCUUGUUUGAUGUUGGAAAAAUUGAAUUUACUUGUAAAACUCCAUAAGUUUGAUAGUGGUGUCAUGGUUCUUCGUUUAGAAACUCAUGAUACUGCUAAAGAAGCUCAUAAAGUUGGGGAAAUUCUUAAAGAAAAAGGAUCAUUAACUGCUGAUGAACUGUCAGUUCUUUCUAAAGUCUCACUUGUUAUAGCUAAAGAGAGGUUGCUGUUUCUGGAAAAGGAAGGUAUUGCAUGCAGAGAUGAUUCGAUUGAAGGUUUAAGAUUUUAUCCUAAUCGUUUCUUUACUGAAAGAGCAUAAAAUUCCUUUAUCGUAUUAUCAUAUUGGUGUAAUUAUUUUUUGUUAAAAAUAAUUUUGUUAUAAAAAGUGAAUUGUGUUUAUUUAUUUUGAAAUGAUUUAUUGUUAAUUUAUUCUGUUUAUAAAAUAUGUUCUAAAAUUUUGAAAACUUGCAUGUAAAUAUCAUAUUCCUAAUGUGUUAAAAUAAAUGUGUCUUGAAAUGAAGUAAGUGUGCUUUGCAAUAAUAUAGUUAGUAAUUAUUGUCAAUAUCAACAUAAUUGAAUACAUACUGAACAUGGCAGGCAUAUUAUACUUUAUAUAAUCUUAAGUUUUUACUUUUCAUAUCAAAAUAUGAAUUUAAGACAGCCACAAUUUUCUUCUAAUUUUGUAACCAUAUUUUUUAAAUAAUAGUUAUAAUUUUUUCCCAUUCAAAUUCCAAGAACUUUGAUUAAAUUUGGAAUAUUACUUAAUUGGACACACUAAUUUUUUAAUAAAACUUUUUUAUAUAAACCUUUUGAAAUAAACAAAUUUUUCAUACAAAUGGUAGUUUGUUAUCUGUAAAUGAAAAGGUAGCUUAAUUUUGUCAACAAUAUUCCCAUGCUCAAUUUUUUUCAGAUUUUUUUAAUUAACAAAAUUAUUUCACACUUUUUAUAAAUAAUAAAACAUUUCUAAAAACGUUGUUAUUCUAAAUUUGAUAUUGUGAAUCAUUUAUUUUAUAGAUAAUUUGAAUCACUUAUUAGUGACUACCACUCUAUGUAUGAAUUUGAAAUUCAUUUGUCAUUUAUCAGUGGUUAUAAAUUGCUGUUUUGCCCUUUUACAGUAACCACUGUAAAAAUGUUGGGAACCACUAGUUUAAAUUACUCUUUAUUAAUUAUUUUAAAUUACUCUUAUUAAGGAGAUGUCUAUUAAGAAUGAGAUAAAGAUAAGUUAUUAUUUUUAAUAACUGGGGUCUAGCCACAAAAAUAUUGCUAUUCUUAUUUCAAAAAUUAACUUUCAAAGUGGGCAGAUUGACUUUUUCCAUAUUUCAUAUUCUGUGCAAAAUGAGAUAAUUAUGUGCUUAUGCAUAUUUUCUAAAAAUUCCUGAGAUAAAAUAUUCUUAAGAGAUCUAUUUAAAUUUUAAAAGCAAAAUUUGUUUAUUCACUUUAAAACUUAUUUUUUCAGUUAGUAAAUCUCUUUGAUCAAAUUAGUUCAGCAUUUGGAAGAUUAAAAAAGAAAAUAACAUUGGGGGAGUUGAUGGGGGUCCAGUUAUAUAAUUUUUUUUAUAAGCAAGUAAACUUUUAGUAGAAUUUGAUGAAAGCAUAACCAAAAUUAUCAACAAAAAAAAACUGUUAUUAUUUUUCUAUUUCACAUUAUAAUAUGCAUAAGUGUAUAUUUCUAUAGAAUAAUUUAUAUAUGCAAAACUUAUGCUAAGAUACAAUUUAACAUAUAUACUUCAAGAAAUAAAAUAUUCCAUUUACUAAGAUAUAUAAUUAAACAAUUCAUUUAUAAAUACAUUACAAGCAAAUUCAAUUUCUCUUGAAAUAAUUCUAAUGCCUGAUAAGUUGAUUGUAAGUUAAUAAUUCCCAUGAAGUCUGCAAUUUUCUGACAUUUCAGAAUAAAUUGUUAAUUUAAUUAUAAAUAAUAUUUUGUCGCUAUUAAUUUGGUGUACUCUGAUUCAUAACUAUUAAUAUGUAAAUUUAAUCUUAUGACAUUAUUUUCAAAUUGUAAUAAAGUGAGAGAAGAUAUAUAGUUUUUCUGGAUACCAGUGUUAGAGGACAUUAAGAGAACAAAAUAUUUGUAUAUUUAUUUAUAUUUUGAAGUUAAAUAUAACCAGAGGUUCACUCAUGUACCAGCUGUACUUAUCUUUGCUACACCAAUGUGUAACGUUUAUUAAAAGAUAAAUUAAGGUAAAAAAGACAGUUACCUUAUUUUAUACUUUAUUAUAUUGGCAACCUAAUCAAUUUGAUCAUUCAAUUAUAUAUUUAUAACAGUUCGGAUUAGUAAGUCUGCUGUAGAGCAUAUUAAUAUAUACAACAAGUUUUUAUAACGUCUUGAUUUUCGGAAAAUUGUCAUACCAAUAAUGCCAAUUCCAUUUUCUUACAUAUUUUUGACAAUUUCCUUGAAAACUUAUUACUUAAAAUAAAACUUUUAUGUUUAUCAUGCAGGAAAUUUUGUUAUAAAAUUCUUAUACAUAUGUUCUUUUUAAUUAUAUAAUUCAUAUUCAAUGAUUUUCUUUUUUAUAAUGACAUCAGUGAUGAGAGUUAUAUGAAAUACUCUAUAUGAGUGGGUUACAAUUUUUGGCACUUGGCAAUGAUUUAAAAAAAAAAAAUUGACCUAACACAGACGAUUUGCCCUGGUUUAAAAUAUAUAAGCAUUCAUCAUUCUGAAUCCAGUAAUAUAUCUAAAAGAAUGCCAAGUGUUCUUGUACCUACCAGGCUAUGAAUUUGAUACCUUCUGUGUGUUAAAUAGAUAUCAUAACUAUUGUUAAAAGAAAAAAUUACACUCUGAUUUUUUAAUUAUUAAGCCAAAUGUUUGUUUGCUAAUAGUGCUGUUUGGUCUGUGCUAUUUGGUCACCUAUUUUUAUUAUGAAAUUCUAACCAAUUUCAUUGUUUAACCAAAUCAUUCAAGCACAUCUUUUACUGACUGUCAAAAUUAAUUGAUUUUAACUUUAAAGCAAACAUUUCAUGCAAAAAACAGAAAUAGGCACCAGAUUCUUAAAAUUGUACAUACUAAGGACUCUGAUAAUCUGAAAUUUCAAAUAACCCAAGGAAAACUAAAUAGACCAAGGAAAAUGCCAUGGAAACUUAAAGAGCAAGGGCAAUAUUAGAUAUUUAAUUUAUAUAACACACAACCAAUAUUCAGGGUAAGCAAAAUGAUCAUCAAAAUGAAAGUCUUGAAAUCAAUAGGAAGUCUUAGAGAAUGUUAUAGCUACAAGAAUUCAUUACCAACUUUUUUUUUAAUUAUCACAACCAAUGAAAUAACAAUAUUGUCAAUAGUAGCAUAUGGAAAUUUUAUUAUAAAUAGUCUUCAGCAAUCAAUAAAUCCUUUUGAAAAUAUUGGAAAGAAUGGAAGGUAUAUUGCUAUAAUCAUUAGAAAGUCAUGUUAUAAAAAAAAUUAUUUUUAUAAAAUGACUUUUUAAAAAAAUUGUGAAGCUAUAAUAAAAAAGUAAAUAUUUGGAACAUGAUGCCACCAUGUUUUAUAUUUAAAUAUGUAAUUAUUUUAAA